AUGAGUGAAGAACAAACAGAGUUAGGCACAAAGGUCACCCGGCAAGUCGUUUUUGACAAAGAAGCACGAGGUAGCAACGACAAUGUUGUCAAAGAGGUAGUCUACGAAUUUGCUCCAACGCGUGUCGAUUUCUAUCACCCUGAUGGUAGCAAGAUCUUCAACAUUGUCAGUGUUGACCAAGAGAGUAAAAAGGCUAAGGGAACCGUGGAGGGUACUAUCGCUACCAUUCGUAAGUUGUUCAAGGAAGGCGAGCUUUGA